UGUACACCUCUCAUUCAGUACUAUUUUGAUUAUAUCACAUGGGACUAUAAUUUAGUUAACUUCAGUUGUAUUUUAAAAUACAUAGGUACGUAUAUAAUCCAACGUAUUCCUCUUAGUUUAAAUUUUAAGCAUUCACAUUUACGCAGUAAAUGUUAGGGCUUCAUGUUUGGUAAAAACUUUGUGAUACAUAACCAAUAGAACCUUUUUUCUGAAUUAUUUUCCUACAAUGAGUCAUAUAACCUAAUUUUGCUAGUUUUAAAAUUCUGCAAUAUAGAAUACUGAAAAAUAGACAAGUUCUGAAGUUGUCUGUUCUAACUGGAUAUAGCAGCAAGGACAAGGUAUGGCCACUUUAAUCAACAGCAGCCUAGGUAUUACAUACGCUGUAUCUUGUCACAUCUCUGGAUGUUUCUGAAAUGGAUAUGCUACAUCUUGUCUACAGCCUAGUCUGCAGGGUAGACUUUUGUGCUCUUUCUUUCUGGUAGCUGUCGGAUACUGGAACUUCUUUGUAGGAGCCAGAGCAGCACCUGUGAAACUCAAACAAGUUUCAAAUGGCAAAGGAAAAUUUUCCUUUUUGCAGAUACUUGCGUUUUACUGAAAUGUUGCAGAUUUGCAUGAAAAUAGCACAAACAGAUGCUUCUCAGAGACAACAGCAUUUAUUUUAUUUAUUUAUUUUUUUAUGCUGGACUUUAGCUUUUAGGAAACGGCAAAAUUUUUAAUGCAGCCUAAGGAGAAAGGAGGAAAAAAUAAGCAGGUAUUUGAACCAAGCUAAAUUUAGCAAGGCUAUGAGCAAUUUGAAGAGUGAGUUCUGUAGGGUUAGUUAAUACAUCCACCCAUAAUGCAGUGGAGUGCCCAUUCAUUGUGCUAAAGAUGUAAAUAGAGUUUUGAAAAGUCAUAGCAUGUGGCCUUGUAGAUAAUAAUCCGAUAAAAUGUUCCAAAAUGUUUUUUCAUACUGAGCUCAUACCGAGCUCGCAUCUUCAUUAGAUUAGCAAUACUAGUACAAUUAGUACUAGUACAAGUAGUAUGAUAGUAAUUGAUUACAAAUACUACUUUGCUUUGGAAUGGAAUGUGUUGGAAUAUGUAUACCACUAUUAAUUCUCUUUGACUUAAUCACUUUCCCACUUGUUAUGUAAAGCACACAUGUCUAUUCAGGAAAGAAAAAGUUCAGGUAUUAAAAAUAAUUUGAAGAGUGUCACUAGUUUAACCUUAUGCAUAUAUUAUGUGUUUCUAUCGUAAGUGAAACAUUUAAGAGACUAAGGUGAAGAUUUCUGAAGACUGCUGGAGUGAAUUCCUUCGUGGCUGGACCCUUUUUGAAGACAGCAAAUAGUAGUGAAGCUGGUCAGACAGCUCCUAAGUAAUUAGCUAGGUUGUUCUUUUCCAUGCAUAUGCACAUGCUUUCUUUUCAUAAAAAUGGAGUGUUAUCACUUGCAUAUGUGAGAGCCCUUCAGUCCUUAAGACUAGGAUAUAUCAGUUGAGUCCUGCAGUUCAAACUGGAAGAUAGAACUGUGGUGGAAUAAAACACAUGGCAUGAAUAUGAGUUUGAAUUAAUUUGUGAAUAUUUGGAACUUAACCUGAUCUGUAGUUCAUCUAUUGCAAUGUUUGUUUCUGUUGUGCAGAUUUGGAAAUAGCUCAGAAAAACUGAAUAAGCUGGAAUAAGAAUUAGAACCAGUAUUACUUUUUAAAGUAAAAUUUCUUUCUGGCUAAUUUAAUACUUAAAGAUUGAAAAGAGUAAUAUUAAAAACUUGAGAAAUCCAGAAAAGGCAUGCUCUCAGGGCUGUCUUCGAAGACUUUGUUCAAAAAAACCCGACAACAUUCCGUUCAUUAUUGAAAAAUACGUGGUUGCUAUGAAAAGUAGCCUUAGACUGGUUGGAGGGAGAUAAGGUGUACCUCAACAUUUAAUUAGCAGGACUUCUGAGAAUGUAAAAUGAAACAAGUACUUGAAAGUUAAGGCAGUUAUUGAGGAUUUCCCUGGCAUAGACUGCUCUGCUUCAGCCCGUGAAAGCAGAGCUUUUUCAUAUGUUGGUUAUCUUUUCAGAACUCUGUCUCAUGUGGCAAACAUUGUUGAGUGGAGUAGUUUCAUACAGUUGUAUGUAUUGUGUGAUGCAGCAUUUCAGAAUCUCAUAAAAUGUUGCUUCUUUUUAGAACAGUGUAGUGGGAUACAUGUUAUAUUGUCUGGCUUUCAGUGAUACUGUCACAUGCUCUUGGUUUUCUGCCUAACACAAUGAGAUGUUUUCUUCUUUAUGUCCAGUUUUAGGCAGAAUGCAGGUAAAUUCAAAGGGCAUAGAAGUAAAAUUCUGCUCAGGUCACUGUAGUCACAUUUAAAAUUUAACCUGCUUACAGGCAGAGUUAUCUUGCUGUUCCUGAUACUAAAUCUUUGUUAUUUACUGAUUAAUAAUAUCACAUGUCUUUCAUAAUCUUGAUGCCUGCACUAGAUGAUAUAAAAAUUGAUGUAAGAUGUUUAUGCUACUGAUUAUACUUGAUAAUGUUACUUUCACAUCUAGGUUCUCAGCUAAAGUUGGGCCUACGAAUUUUAUUUCUCUGUAAAAUAUAUGCAUGUUGACAUUGUAAAACUCGAGGAUGGAAGUUACUUUUGUGAGUUCACCUUAUUGUGACUUCUUUCUUUUUGUCCUGAAAAUUCCUGUGUGCCAUUUCAAAGACAUGUUGCAGCUCCUUGCUUUUGUUUUUCCAGCAAACCAGUGCUCCUUAGAACUACACUUCUGUCACUGUCGUUUUCUCAAAGCAGAAGUCUCCACUGUCAGGCCUGCUUGCUGCAUCCAUUUCUUUCUACCAGCUUAUGUAUCUUGAUAUUGGGAGAUGAGUUGCUUGUGUUAAAUUUUGUGAGAAAGAUAUUCAGAACCGAGAGUCAUAACAUUCCAGAAUAAAUUGGAAUUACAUUAACUGUUUAUAUCUACACAGUGGUAAAGAUCCUUGGAGUUGUAGAUCUGUCAGAUGGCAGGUUUCAUGUGUUACCUUUUUCUCUCUGUUGAUUUUUUGUCUUCCUUUUAUUUUCAGGGGAGAUGGAAAACAUUUUGCCCAUUUUAUGCCUAAAGUGUUCUCAAAUGUUGAAUGAACUGGUGCAAUUCUUUUCUUCUUGAAAUAGUAACAAGCUUCAGAUACAUAGGCUGUCCUGGAAAUCCCGUGAAUAAAUACAAAAUUCUUGGUGUUGUAUUUACUGCAGUCUUUUUACAUGGUAACUCUAGCAAAAAAGCAAACCAAACCCUUAAACUGCUUCUGAUGCACUAAAGGUCUGGAUCUUUUGUUGCUGCAAAACACUUCAUGUGAAUCUCACUUACUUUGCCCCUUUUUGAUAAGUGGGCUCUGAAGUUUUUGCUGUUAGUUGUACAAACACUUUUUCUAUGCUUGUCAUGUUCAAAAAGAAAAAAGAAAGACUUUUGGACUCUUCUGGGCAUGCUGGUUCAAGGUUCAUCAUUAUUUGAAAAGGGAGAGACCUUCAGCGCUUGAAACUGACAGGCUGCUGUACAGUUUGAAUACACUGGAUCAUUCCAGUACCUGAAGCUGAUUACAUUCACAAUGAAGAGAGCUAGGCAGAAGUUUGUGGUAGAAAACGAAGCUCCUCAAACAUUACAGAAAAACAAAAAGCAGAGAACCUGUUUCCAUGGAUCACCGUUUGGUGAAUCCAGCUUGUACGCCUCGGAUUGGGGAAACCUUCCGCACCAUGUUGUUCUGCGUAUUUUUCAGUUUCUGCCUUUAGUAGAUCGAGCUAGAGCAUCUUCUGUUUGUCGAAGGUGGAAUGAAACUUUUCAUGUCCCAGAUCUCUGGAGGAAGUUUGAAUUUGAGCUUAACCAGCCAGCUACUUCUUACUUAAAGUCUACUCAUCCUGAUCUCAUUCAGCAGAUUAUCAAGAGGCAUGCUGAUCAUCUGCAGUACGUCAGCUUCAAGGUUGAUAGUAGUACUGAGUCAGCAGAAGCAGCCUGUAACAUCCUUUCUCAGUUGGUGAACUGUUCUAUCAAGACACUGGGCUUGAUUUCUACAGCAAAACCAAGCUUCAUGAAUGUCUCUAAGGCUCAUUUUGCUUCAGCACUGACAGUAGUUUUUGUAAACUCCAAGUCAUUAUCAUCAAUCAAGAUAGAUGACACACCAGUUGAUGAUCCUUCCCUGAAGGUUCUUGUCGCUAACAAUAGUGAUACCCUAAAACUACUAAAAAUGAGCAGUUGUCCUCAUGUGUCACCUGCUGGAAUUCUUUGUGUUGCUGACCAGUGUCAUGGACUUAAGGAGCUGGCUUUGAACUACUACAUUUUAAGUGAUGAACUGCUGCUGGCUCUUUCAAGUGAAAAACAUGUUGAUCUUGAACACCUUCGGAUAGAUGUUGUGAGUGAAAAUCCUGGACAAGUUGAAUUUCAUACUAUUAAAAAGCAAAGCUGGGAUGCUCUUGUUAAACACUCCCCCAAAGUCAACAUUGUGAUGUAUUUCUUCUUAUAUGAAGAAGAAUUUGAUGCUUUCUUCAGAGAGGAAACCCCUGUUACGCACCUUUACUUCGGUCGUGCAGUAAGCAAAGCAAUGUUGGGUCGUAUUGGCAUGAAUUGCCCAAGGUUAAUUGAGCUGGUCGUGUGUGCUAAUGGACUUCAGCCUUUGGAUGACGAACUUAUUCGGAUUGCUGAGCGCUGUAAGAACUUAACAGCCAUGGGUCUUGGUGAAUGUGAAGUAACCUGUAGGGGUUUUAUUGAAUUUGUGAAGAUGUGUGGAGGCAGGCUCACCCAGCUUUCUAUAAUGGAGGAGGUAUUGAUUCCAGAUAAUGAUUAUAACUUAGAUCAGCUUCAUUCUGAAGUCUCCAAACACCUUGGAAGAAUGUGGUUUCCUGAUAUGAUGCCAACGUGGUGAACUGUCUACAUCUGUGGAUAAACUGAUAGAAUCAGGGUGUCGCUCUCUAUGCAAAUAAGGAACUGGAAAAUCAAAUAUGAAACCUAUUUCCAGAUCUCAGUUUCUCUUCUUUGAGAACCUGUAGUGAGGUAACAAUAAAUCAUUCAAGAAUGUUCAUGGUAUAGUGAAAUAGAAAUUAAGUGUACUUAACAGUAGACACUUUCGAAAGUAUGUCCAUGGUUUACAGGCGCUUUUUUACUUCAGUUAAAUUAGGCUUCUCUGAUUUAGCUUCAGUUUAAUUGUUCCAUUCAAGUAAAACUUUUUUGUGUGUGUCUUAGCUUAGUUUUUCUGAUGUAGUCAGAAUAUGACUAGAGAAACUUUCCUCCUUGAGCAAACCUUGCUUAUGGGGAGCUAGAUAAAACUUGGAGUUCAGGAAAACUGUAUUGUUUGCCAUGAUGUUUUAUGCAGCAUAUUUUCAAAGUAUUCUUGCCGUAAGUGUAAAGGCUCAUACUUUAUAGUUGAGUAACCUGGACUAGCGUAAGUAUUUUGAUUUAGCUUAAACCCACUUAAUGUCAGUACGUUAAAGUGGUGUGGUAAGUGAUAAGUUUAUGCCCCUCAAACCCUUCUGAUUUUAAAUUGCACUUUAAGUCACUUUAUAAGAUUAGCUAAAUUGUAGAGACAGGGUUGUAGAGUAUGUUAUUUUUCUAUCUUAUGUGCUUAAGAGGAUGGGAAAGAGACUUUGUUAAAAUCAGUUAAUUUAAAAGUUUGAAUCUAGGUUGAUUACUUAGAUCAAUGGCAAAGCACUUUGGAAACUGCCAGAAUAAAAGGAAUAGCUUUUUGAGAGAGUUCAAGUCUUUGAUUAUGAAAAUUGAUAUCUGAGUGUUCCAUGCUUCCAUUAUUAAGAGAUUAGAAGGAUUUCAUAUAAAUGGCCGGUUAAAAGGAAGAUUUGGAAGGAAAGCAAUGGUCUUCAGUCCCUUUCUACCUGGAAUCAAGGGUUUAGAGAACUUUCAAAACUGUUUGCCGUUUAGAGGCCACAAUGCUCUGUAGUAACUUUGCCCGAGUUUGCCACAGUAAUUUUGCCACAGUUCUCACAGAACUAUACUGUAAGCCCUGAUUCCUCGAGGAUGUAUUGCUGGUUCCUGAAAUCUUUGGUUCAGAAAGGAUUAUACAACUGUUCAGUACUUGUUGCUUUUAAUUGGUUUUUGAGGAGAAAGAUUCUAUUCCUUGUUUGUGGGCAGUGGAAAGGAAGGGGAAGUUGAUGCAAACUAGAGUAUGCGUAUUUGUAAUAUUUUGCACACUGUAAACUAAAAUGCUUUGUAUACAAGUAUUACUGUAACUUUUUUCUUGCUGUAGUUGAUCUAUCUUCCUGUUUGUAAUGAGAUGUGUACAUCUGAUGAAUGGUGGUAUUUGUCACAUUAGAUAUAAUGACAAAUAGUUUCUUCCGCAGUUAGAUUUCUUUUCUGAAAAAAUAACUGCUGUGGGUUGUCUAAAACUGCCAUUAUCAUUGACAGAAUUGUUCCAUGAGUUGUUCACAACUAUAAGCUAAAGGAAUUAAGUAAGAAGAUAAUGCAUGUCUGAAUCAGUAAUGCAUUUUUGCCUGUUGCACAACUGGGGAGGGGGGAAGGGGGGAAGGACAGCUGACUGGAUACUAGCACUUACUAGCCAAGCACUUGCUUCCAUAAUCAAGCGGGUUAUGACUUACUUUUGAAGAGAAAAUUGAAAUAUUUCCAGACAGUAUUUGGUUUAAGAUACAUGCUUUGCUAUAAUUGUAAACUUAAUAAACUGAUCUAAUGUA